GGCUGUCGAUGUCCAGUGGUCUGCAGUGCAUGAACAGUUGACUAGUCUGGGUGUUUCUGCUUCGGUUUCCGUGAUAUGUGAGUUGGAAAUUCGAGAGAAGAGUGUGCAGAAUGGAGGAGUUGAGGGACAGUCGGCCCAAUAUGUCAAGACCUCUGAUCACUAGAUCCCCUGCAUCUCCAUUGAACAAUCAAGGCAUCCCCACUCCAGCACAACUCACAAAAUCCAACGCACCAGUUCACAUUGAUGUGGGUGGGCACAUGUAUACCAGCAGCUUGGCCACGCUUACAAAAUAUCCUGAUUCCAGAAUCGGCAGGCUCUUCGAUGGCACGGAGCCCAUCGUCCUCGACAGCCUCAAGCAGCAUUAUUUCAUCGACAGAGAUGGGCAAAUGUUCAGAUAUAUCUUGAAUUUUUUAAGAACAUCAAAACUCCUUAUUCCUGAUGAUUUCAAGGACUACAGUUUGCUAUACGAAGAAGCAAAGUAUUUCCAGCUUCAGCCCAUGCUAGGAGAGAUGGAAAGGUGGAAACAGGACCGGGAGAGUGGCCGCUUCUCAAAGUCUUGUGAGUGCCUGGUGGUGCGAGUUGCCCCAGAUCUCGGAGAGAGGAUUACACUGAGUGGUGAUAAGUCAUUGAUAGAAGAAGUGUUUCCAGAAAUCGGUGAUGUGAUGUGUAAUUCUGUCAAUGCCGGCUGGAAUCAUGACUCAACGCAUGUGAUCAGAUUUCCACUGAACGGAUACUGUCACCUCAACUCAGUUCAGGUACUUGAGAGGUUACAGCAAAGAGGGUUUGAGAUUGUUGGCUCAUGUGGAGGUGGGGUGGACUCUUCCCAAUUCAGUGAAUACGUACUGAGACGAGAACUCAGAAGGACAUCUCGCGCACCCUCCGUCAUUCGAAUAAAGCAAGAGCCUCUGGACUAAAAUGGACAUGUUUCUUUAUGCAAAAAAAAAAAAAAAUAGAUAGGAAAAAAAAAAGAAAAAAAAGGGGGACGUUUCAUGUGCAGUUUGGACUCCAAAUAAGUCCUGGAACUAAAAUUGAAUAAAAGACACAUUUAUAUCAAAUAUAGAGACCACACCUGAAUUCAUAUGGGAACACUUGGAAUAGUAGUAAUAAUAAUAACCUCAAGGUGUAAAUCAAAACACACACACACACACAUAUAUAUGUAUGUAUGUAUAUGUAUGUAUAUACAUACAUAUAUGUACGUAUAUGUCAAAGGGUAGGAAAUGCAACAACAAAGUGGUAGAUGAGGUUGGUGCUGUGAUGGCCAUUAAGUGUCCUAGGCCUUACUCGGGCCCACUUAACGGUGUACAAGCCAUUACCAUUGGGGAAUACAUGGACUGCUCAUAAUGCAUUUUCCAUUGCCAAACACCAUCCAAUUUUUAAUGUGUACACACCUUGAUUCAACUUUAUUUGCAUAUGGAGGUUUAUGUCUGUCUUUUUUAGAGGUGGAUGGGCAGGCGUUCAGGAGACGACCAUCCAUUGCGUUGGAAAGCUAGUCGACUGAAAUUUUAAAUGUAGUUUGUACAGAAGUCGCACACGUUUUGUCUGCCCUCACAGAUGUGAAAGGUUAACUUUUCUUUUGAAUGAGUUUUUCGUUGUUAUUUUUUGUUGUUUUGUUUUGUGUUUUUUCAAAGGGGGCCAGAAUAAUUAAUAUUUGGUGGAGAUGCUCUGGUUUGAAUCUGCUGCUUUCCUACAAUUUUUCAAAUUUUAUAAUGUAUUAAAUACAAUAAACUCUGUUUAAAGUAAUGAGGGUCUGAUUUCAGCCAACAGGAGCAGAGAAGUGGGAUUUAGCUCACUGCAGUCCGGCGCGGUGGAGUGAGCUAAAGGCAGCAAGUGCUGUUGUGGGGUUGCUUUGGGGGGUCAGUCCAGUGUGCUGGUCUUCCUUCAGCACUGUCCCUUUUAAGCUUUGUCCCAGUUUGAAGAGCAG